CAUCAUUUUUUUUCAACAUUGUCUUUAGUCGGUAGAGUCAUGAUAAAGAUCAUUUUUCCUGAGUGGCAUAACAGCGGAAUUUGGACUAAAUGGGGCUGGAGAGUGUGGGUGUUUCUCAACUUUAUGGUCUCAGGUUCUUGCUGCCUGGUCACGGUUCACCAGCCCCCUGUGAUCACCGCUGCUCUGGGACAUGAUGUCAUCCUGCCGUGCCAGCUCAGCCUCUCCCCCGAUGAGACGUUGGUGACUGUACCGGUUCUUUACUGGGUGUUAGUAACACAGGACGCUGAGGGGGUCAGACUGUGGAAACCUUCUGAGAUCUAUGAGGGACGUGUACAACUCCUCGACGAAAACCCAAACUCUUUAAACAAGUCCAUACUUCUCAAAAAGGUCCAGUGGGCAGAUAACAGGAAGUACCGUUGCAAACUCACCAUCACUUCACAGAAGACCAAAAGUUUCAGGAGUAAAGGGAACGACACCUUGUUGACGGUUUACGACACCAUGACCUUUAAUCUCAGCGCCCACAACGACUCUCUGCUCCGCUGUGAAAUAAACGUCACACGGGAACCUGGAUUCGUUUUGUCCAUCGUUAACAACGGAUCCAAAACACAAUGUGUCGACUCGGCUCCGGGAGUCCCUGUAGUGGCUCAGCCCUACGACACCCUCUCUGUGACCACCUCCCUCAGGGGCGGAGGAAAAUACGAGUGUCAGCUGCACCUGAAUAAAGACCUGAUAACGAAAACCAUCUUCCACCUGCCUCUGCCUGAUGUGGUGGAGUAUCCAGAGCCGUGGGUCCUGUACGCGGCUCUCCUGCUGGUUCCUGUCCCCUUCCUGCUGGUUCUGGUACCUGCCCUGCUGUGCAGAUGCUGAGUCUUUGUCAACAUCUGGCUGAAAAUGGAGACGCAGCAGUGAAAGGGAGACAUUUCUAUCCUUACUUCUAACCCUGAUAAAAGCAAACCACAAAAGACAUCUCAGGAAGACACUGCAAAUGCAUUCAAGGAGGACGAAAUUACAAAUUGUGUAUUCAAGCUGUGCAGUGGAAUAACCUACAUCUAUGAGGUUAGUUAGGGGCGAUUUAAAGAUAUCAUAUUAUAGACUAAUUCACCACCUUCAUCAGAAAUGUACAUGUAUACCUCUGGUUCUGUUUUCUCUACAUCCUCUAUUUUUCCACAGUCUGCUCUGCUCCUUUGUUUUAUUUAAACUAGUGCAGCACUGUCACGUCAGGCCAGAGAGAGACUUUGAAUGGUGUCAUCAGAACUUCACCUCCUCUGGUGGUGAGGUAAAGUAGUGAUGAUACUUUGUCUCCCUCUAACGGUGAACGAGAGCAGCUGCACAAAACCACAGAGCGUAGCCACAUCAUGGGCCACAUCACCUCCCCCCACAACACACAAGAUUUUAAAGGAGACAUUUCCUGUUUUUCAGUUUCUCUUUCUUCCUGUGUGUUGUAGGUUAAUGUCAAAUCUCAGCAAGGUUAAAAAGCCCGAAGUCCUUUGUAAUCAGAGCUCCUCUCCACCACAGACCAAAGUGAAGCUCACAGGGUGUGUUUAUAUGUGUGAAUGAAAGAAUAAGUUUUCGCUUAAUGUGUCUUGAAUGGAUGAUUAUUGUCCCCGGUGGUGUGGCUGCAUGUGACCGAAGUUAAUCCUCACGUUUAAAAUAAAUAAAUAAAAAGGGAUGUCGGUGGAA